AUGCACGCCAAGGCACGGCCCGAGCCGAAGCCCUUGGCCCCACCUGCCGCUCCGCCUGACUGGCCGAGCAUCACUCCAUCUCCAAUUGACCUAAAUUUCACGAAGAUGGCAAGGAAGGUCGUCACAUCCGAGCCGCAAAUCGGCUCUGAGGGCCAUGUCUCCAAACCUAAUCCUGCUACAUCCGCUCUUGACAAAGCUGGAGACGACGAAGACUCCUACAUCGCCUCUCGUCGUCACUGUCCGUCCUGGAUUCAGCAACUGAAGCAGGGUGUUGCGGACUACGAACAUUUCGUACAGUGGAUUAACCUCGAUCCCAGCAUUGUGUACUACACAAUUGUUUCUGCGCAGGCGGAGUACGAGAGACUCCAGCAACAGACUAUGGAGCAACACAAAAAGGCACUUGAAGCUCACCGAGCUCGUCCCGUAAUUGAUGACCACAAGGCUGCUGAAGCCAAAGAUGCCGAAUGGGGCAGACUCAAAAAGGAGGAUUGUUCCGCCAAAGGAAAAAACGAUCGUCUCCGACUCGACGAACCAACUCGUGUAGGUUCUGGUGUACUUGCUUCCAUUGAACCGGCAGACCGAGACGACUCCGAUGAGUCUACCCUGUCUGCUUGGAGUGUUGCAGGCCCCAUUGAGCACAUUGAGCCCCGAGUUGGCAAGUCCACCUACAUCCCGGAUCCGGAAAGACUGGACGAUGGAAUCACCCCGCAAUUCGAGAGCUGGGUCAAUGACAUGGAAGGCAAGUUUAUCUUCAACGCUGACCACUACCCAACCGAGAAGCACAAGAUUAUCUACAUUGCAUGCCGAACUACUGGAACUGCGCAUGAGUACCUGAACGCCCGUUUGAGAAAGGAUGCGGUGACUCCGUACACUACAGCGCAGCAGGUGUUCGAUGACCUUGAAUGGCGGUUCGGCAGCUUGAAUGCGGCUGCUGAAGCCUGCGAUGGACUUGAUAGACCGAACAUGAAGCCCACGGAUGACUUCCAUACUUUCCUACACAUGUUCUUGUACAAGUCCGGUGGCAACAGAAUAUCCUUCGGGUGCUUGAAAAACGAACUCUUUGACCGCCUGACCGAAGACCUGAAAAGAGCGGUCCAAUGUGCAGUAUGCAGCGACUCCGUCACAUUUGACGAGUUUACAAAGCUUUGUGCAUACGAAGCUGGUCUUCUGGCGAAUGGAUACAACAAGAAUCGCAAGCGGGGUGGGAGAAAGGGAAGGAAGAAUGCGUAUCGUGACAACAACCGACCAUUCAACACGCCCGCGUUGCAGAGCUCGCCUGCACCUGGAAAUGACGAGUGGAAGAGUUCACAGGCACCUACAGAGACCUGGUGGGAUGGAGGUAGCAUGUCACCUGAAGAUGACAAGUGGGUAGACAACGCGCCGCCUAGUGACGACAAGUGGGCAGACAACGCGCCGCCUAGUGAUGACAAGUGGAAAGACAACGUGCCGCCUAGUAAUGACAACUGGGUAAGCAACGUGUCGACUGGAAAUGGCGAGUGGCCCAGAGAGAGCGCGUCGACUGACCCUAACUUCUGGCCUAGACAUAGUGGAUGGCCUCAAAAUAGCUCAUGUGCGGUAGCUGGGUGGUAG